AGCCAACACGGUUUCCAAUCACAAAGGCUGGUACUCGAUCCUUCAAACAAGCUACCGCUGUACAGACGUACCGGUGUCAAGGCACCAAGUCCUCAAAUACAAAGCCAAGAGCCUAGUACCCAGGCACCACCCCAGACCACCUCGGCCUCUGGCGGACAGUACUGCAUUUACCAGAAGCCCAAGCAAGUGACUUGUAAUGUAGCGCACAUGAAAAGAGUAACCCACCAGUUCAAGUACUAUUGUGGAACACAAUCUCAGCAAAAAGUUUGUACUGGUCACAGGUGUGUUACAAUUAUAACUGAGUUAGAACAUGAACAAACGCAAAAAAACGUACGCGCAAAUAAUUUACCGUAAAAUUCCGAAAAUAAGCCCCGGGGCUUAUAUUUUUCAAAAGCCCUUUUUGAGGGGUUUGUUUUUGGAGGGGCUUAUAUUCGGAGGGGCUUAUCUAUGGAGGGAAAUUUGCGUUUGAAAAUCGAUUGGGCUAGCCUUACAGUUGGAAGGAUUACUGUUUUUGCUUUGUUUUACUUUGUAUUUGAGGGCAAUUUCCAAGUACAAGCCCCUGGGGGGGCUUAUAUUUGGAGGGGCGGUUUAACGGAGGAUUUUUUGCGUUACGAGUUUUGGGGGCUUAUAGGGGCUUAUAUACAUGGGAGGCUUAUUUUCGGAAUUUUACGGCAUUAGUUGAAUUCAAGUUCUACAUGCUAACUUUUUUUUUGAAAAAAAAAAAGUAAAUGGUUAUUUGUUUGUUUUCGCCACUGUUUCCUUCGCCUAAGACUUGGUUGCACGUUCCAUGACGUGUGACACUGGUUUGAUACUUGGUUACAUUUUAUGGCCCUUGAUUUUCCCGCCUCCAGCUACUCGGGUCGAAGUUACGUAUCGCGUGUGGACUGGAAGCGUUGCGUGACUCGGGCCAAGUGACUGCCAAAUUAAAACAACCUGUCCCGUUCAGAUAAGUCAAAGAGCGGGUCGCUGCUCCCUGCUCACAUCUCUUCGCGCCGUUCCCGAAAUCUGAACGCCUGGAACAGGCUUCCCGAAGAAGACAAGUUGAAGACAUUUGGUUAGCACUUGAUUGCAUGUUAUGGCCCGUGACGCUGGUUGCAUUAUUUCCCUCCCUUGACAACACAGUUUGCACAGUUUCUCACGCUAACAAAAACAAACGCAAAUAAUGCAACAGAGGCAUCAAAAGCUGCCGGAAGACAAAAAAUUACAAGCAUGGGAAAGCUUGCUAAUUUUGGCAAUAGUAGUGGUUUUGAGUCCAUCUUUAAACUUCCAUGUGCGACCAAUUUCAAAAAAGCACUCCAAAAAUUUUCCCACUCAAAGCCCUACAGCUGAAACCUCACGUAAGCGACGGUAACAACUUUUCGGAGUAUCAGGUUCAUAACUUUCCAUCGUUUUUAAACCUCAGUUGCAAGUGAAUACUUGAAAAACAUGGCCUGAAAUCUUAGAUUUUGCUGUAUGUAGUACGAUACUCAUAAUAUAGAAAGAACUGCUAGUGACAACAUGGAACUGUGUAUUUCGUAAAUUGCAUGCAAUAAAUUUUCUUGCAAAAGUAACUAUGUCGGUACCUCUACUCGGAAUUGUCUACAUAGCAGGCGGGAAUAGCGGGGGAGUGCUGCUUUUUUUGGAGGCGGAGCACCCUGAAGUUUGGGAUCAAGUCAACGAAAAUCCGUGGCGGCUCCGCCGCCAAGAAAGUACCCUGCGGAUAAAGAAAAUACCCCGCGCAUAACAAUCCCACCAGCUACGCAGGCUGUAUUUGGAAAAGAGCCCCGUGGUUAGAUAUUAGGGAACUUAAGAUAGAGACGUUUUCGGGGCGAAGCCGACCGGACUGGCAGAGCAAGCCUGGAACAGAGGUAGCCGUCGCUUCCCUCCAAAAUUCGAACAUUAAGAUCGCAGUGAACUCAGGAGGACGGCGCCUUGGAAGACUACCGAAGAGGAAAAAAUGGCUUCACAUGAAGAAUUAAGAGAAUUAAUACUUAUUUGCUUGCAUGCAACAACAAUAACAACAACAACAACAACUUUAUUUCAGUAUUCCCACUUUAGUAUGUGGUAUUACCUACUAUUCUAAACGAAUUUCAAUACGUACGUUUCAUUUAUACGAUACUCUAACGAAAAAAGUGAGAUAAAAACACACAACUGAAAUAUCGGAGUUCAUACUUUUUGUCUGGAUACUUUCACUUGGCUCGCAGGACAAUUUUGCCUGUGUAAAGCUCACUUACGGUUUGCUGUUUGUCGUAUUGGAUCAGAUUGGAUCUUGACUCUGUGACAUGAAACAUAGAAACAUUACAAAGAUGUAAGUUUAGAUAACAGAGCUUGGAAAUCGAGCUUGAAAUGUGACUCAAAGAAAACAAGGACAAUUUAAGAACGAUAAUCUGCAAAACUCUGGUUGCUAAACGCAACAAACCUGAUUGAAAUGAAAGUUAAAUACUCACGUUCUUGCUACAACGCCAAACAGACCAGUUUCACGUCGCCGACGGGAGCACGACGGUUAGCACGACGGUAAAGCACGACGGCAAUGUGGUGAGCAAGAGCAUGCGCAAUAUUGCACAAAUCAAGACGUCACGUCCGGUUGAAGUUGCCGUCGCCCCGAAAACGUCUCCAUCUUAAGUUCCCUAUUCUCGUAAGCGACCACCUUUCGUGAGCUACCGUUAAACCUUCGUAUUUGUAGCGUCACUUAUACGAGGUUCGACUGUAUUUUCAGGGUAACCUAUCGUCCACAGUAUAAAAUAGAGGUGAGAACAGUGAUGACGUCGGUGAAAGACUGUUGUCCCGGCUUUACAGGAAAAGAUUGCAGUCAAGGUGGGUGCUAUUCUAUCAAAGUCAGUUCCAACUAAGAUUUUUAUCAUGACUUUCAUUUACAUCAAGCCAUCAACUGGAGUGCUUCUCUUUCAACAGCCUGUUUUAAUUGCACCAAGUUUCUUCUGCUGGAAGCCAGGUUAAAAGCCUUGGAACAGGUUAGUAAUGUACGAAGAUGGAAUUUCAAGGGAAAACAUGAAUAAAACUAACAAAAUGAUAAAGUGUCCCGGCGUCGUUCUCGCGUGUCAUUUCGUAUGUCGCUCGCGCGUGACUUCUCGGAGAGCUUGCUCGCCGGUUAACAGACGAGCCAGGUGACUGGCAGGUAACCCGCGUUUAGACUGAAGCUCAGCAUGUACCAAGAUGCCGACCAACUGAAGUAGCUCUUCUCUUUUUAAAAGAGUCUGUCACUAUGUCUUUGAGCUCAGCUGAAAAUACAAAUGUAGUUUCAUUUUUUGUGAUGUUCCGUUAGAACUGCCUUUUGCUUUGAUUUCACUAGCUUAUUUAUUGGUUGAUUCAGAUUUGUAGAGAACCAGUAACUGAACUCUUUGAUUUGUGGUGGUCGUUUCGCCGUUUCAAAUUUUAGAUCAAGCCCUUUACCUCUAGCCGAUACAUGCAAUGGACGCCUUGUAGGUGUUAACUUGCACAACUUACAGACUCUUUUUCAUGGUUAAGAUUAAAGAAGCCCAUUUUCUGUUUACUUUUGAAAGAAAAGUCAAAAAGCUCCUGCCGAGGCGAUAGUUCAGGACAGCGAAAUCUCAAGAGGUCCACCGGGACCUCGCGGGCCACCCGGACCCCCCGGGCCCCCCGGCAGAUAGGGGAAACUGGAGAUCCCGGGCCUCCAGGUUUAAACGGAGUCCAAGGUGGGUAGGAUAAUGCAUUAACUUUCCUAGUCUGGGAGAAUUGUUUCUUCGUCAAGUGUGCAUUGCACUUAAGCGUAGAAACGCGAAUAUAAAUUGAUUGUUUUUGUUUUUGUUACUUUCAGGGCAAUCACGUGGUUUAAGAGUCCAGAAAGGAGAGAAAGGAGAUCCCGGCGAGCCGGCUACCACAACAGUAGUGACCGGAGACCCGGGACCACCUGGAUCUCCAGGACCCAUGGGAUCCCCCGGAUUAAAGGGGGAACUUGGAGAAUCAAUACAAGGACCACGAGGACCCCCUGGACUUCCGGGUCCAGCGGGAGAACCUGGCCGCCCAGCUAUCGGAGCUUCGGUGAGUUUUAAAAAGACGAUCUCAGUUUUAAAUUAAUGACAGGCCUACAUGUAAAUUUACUUUGUCAUCCAGCAAAACGAUCGGGGACGGCUAUUCUCGGAGUUAAUUCUAUAGAGUUAUUUCGCGGAGUUAGAGUUAAUCCUCCAAAACCCUGAAUUCAAGAUGUUGGAAAGCUAAAAUGCUUUCCGGCCCAGGUGAAAAAUGAGCCUCUCCCUUUACAAAUCUAGCCCAUUUACUUCCCAGCCGCUGCUACUCAGGCUAUUACAAAUCUUGCUGUAAAUCGACCAAAUGAUUUUUUCUGGCGCAGCGUGUUAACAAAAUUUUAAAAAAGUUUAGGCUAAUAUGGCGGAAGUAGUGCAUGUUCAAAACUCUGCUUUUUCGCUCUGAAGCCUUUUGAAAAGAUUAUUAUAAUUGUUCUGGAUUGCACUUUUUCUUUCUGAAAUAGCGACAUUUAACAUCAUUUCAAUUUGCUAUUCACAGAGAGCCUACAAAAAGUAUUUUUUUGGUUGACAUGACGUGUGGUAACAAAAAGGUCUUUUUGUAUUUUCAGCCUGAAGAUUUAACCGCUCUUAAAGAUCAGAUGAAAAUGCUGACUGCCAUAGUCAUGGAGUUGGAAGAAAAAAGUAAGCAAAACAAUGCAUGAGCUUCUGUUUCUAUUUAAAGAUAGUUAAAGCAGAAUAACUUUGUUUAUUCAGGCAAAUAUCAGUUAGAAUUCAAAGGCAGCAUUUUUUGGAAGGGCCGUCUGGUGGAUACUGCUGAGUAGUAUUUCGAGGAUGCUUGAACAAAAUCAUUCAAAAUGGUGGCAUCCCAUGAAUGCAAGGAGGAGAACUAAUGAAAAUGGCGACCUCCCAGUAGGGUGGUUAGACAAACUGGUACAAACCGGUUUUUGGGGGGGGGGGUGGUGGGAUGCAGGGCAUGUUGUUUCAUGCGGAGGAGCAUGAAGCGUGAGGUGGACGCGUGUUUUUGUUAUUUUGUAAAAAGAAGAUGUUAUCGAACGAGUCUUACGUCUAAAUUGCGCAGCAAAUUGAAUGUUCCUUGGCGUAUUCGAAUGAGUUUUGCCUACUUUCUCCAGGAUGCAACUCCGAUGCGUUAAGGAGUCGGUACACCCUAGGCGACAACUUGUAGCAAAUGAUGUUGUGGCGACACGUCGCAGCGACAAAUCGCUCCGUGUGUACUGGAGAACUUUUGUGAAAAUCUUUGUCUCACAAAUCACUCAGUUUCGGAUUGCUACACCACUAUUAGCAGCUAGAGGUAGUCGGCUCGCAGUUUCCUUCUUGCUGAUUGAUUCUGACUUGAUCUUGUUUGCUUAGUUUCCAGGUGUGAGUGCACUGCUGGGAGUCAGCGAGGUGUGGCUAAAAAGAGCGACGCUACAAUGUACCCUUCAACUCUACCGAACAUUGAAUCACAGACCACAAAAUCCACCACUUCAGAGCCAUUGUUUGCUCCACCCGCCAGACGUUGA